AUGUCUUCCCCCGACGGCUCUCUCGGCAACACGGGCAACCCGCUUUCACUAUCCGACACGCCGUACACCUGGAUUUUGACACCACUCGUGGUCUUCCUCUCUCUUGGCAUUCUCGCAACACUCAUCCAGUUCCAACGCCGCCGCCGUCUCCGCAAGCUUGGCAUCCAGCGCCCAUGGCCCCGCCGCGACCUGGAAGCGAAUCGUCCGAGAGCAAGGCGUCAACGCUCAUCGCGAGGUGGUCGAUGGGCGUGGACAACACGCACCGAUGAGGGCCUCAACGAGUUCGGCGAGGCCCCUCCCGCUUACGAACCGAAGCCCAAGCCAGGACAGGCUCUGCCCCGUGACGGCAGCUUCGAGAUGGCUCACGUCGAGCACACCGCGACGGGUGCCUUUCCUCGACCCCCACCCAUCGGCGGCACAGUAGGGGGUGCCCGGGGCUCUCUGCCGCCCGAUUAUAGCACUGCUACCGGUUCGGCAUCGUCAACGCCCCCACCUGUCGUAGCGAGCCCCCUCCGGCUAUGA